UCCCCACACCCUCUCAAUGAACAAAGAUUCCGAUUUCCAUCUCCAAUUCCCCAUCUCACCCCCACACAACGACACCGUAUCCACCACUCCCACCGCCAUUGGAGACUUCUUAGCUUCUUCCUCAACUCCGGCGAAACGCCACGAGAAUCCGCGUCGGAAACGCUCCAAACUCAUACGAUUAGAAACUGCGGCAACUUCUCCUAUCGGCAUUUCGAAGCCCAAAUAUGGUAAGAAGCCCGACCCGACCGCGCCGAAGAUCACUAGGCCGUGCAGUGAGUGCGGCAAGAAGUUCUGGUCAUGGAAAGCCCUCUUCGGACACAUGAGGUGCCAUCCCGAACGACAAUGGCGAGGCAUAAACCCUCCUCCUAAUUUCCGGCGACCGAUUUCUCCGAUUAAGCUUCCGUCGAACAGUUCGGAACCACCACCACGACGGCCACCACUGGACUUGACCGAAGACGACCAUGAGGUCGCUGCGUGUCUUCUAAUGCUAGCCAACAGUCCACCAAGUUUCCCGAUCCCUCAUGAAUUCGUGGCAGUUAACGGCGCCGCCGGAAGUUGUCGUUUCGAGUGCUCGAGUUGCAAGAAAGUGUUUGGUUCUCAUCAGGCUUUGGGAGGACACAGAGCGAGCCACAAGAACGUGAAGGGUUGCUUUGCGAUAACGAAGAGUAAUACCAGCGACUGUGAUGAUCAGGUUGUUGAUAUUGAUGAAUUGGAUGAUCAAGAUCGUCAUCAUGAUGAUCAUGAUCAUACGAUGGGGACCCACAAAUGCAGCAUUUGUAUGAAGGUUUUCUCCAGUGGGCAAGCUUUGGGUGGUCACAAACGGUGCCAUUGGGACAGAGCUGGUGAAGAUCAGCAACAAGGAAGCCAUGGAGGAGAAGGAGGAGGAAAAGGGUUUGGUCAUGGUGGUGGGCUGGAUUUGAAUUUGCCUCCUGCUAUUCCUCUUGAAGAUGAUUUUUCAUCUUCUUAUUCUUCUUCCUCACCAGCUCUCAUUGCUUUGGAUUUAAGGUUGAGUCUUUAAUUAAUUAAUUAAUUAAUCAAAGACUUCUUCUUCUUUUUUAAUUUGAUGGGCAUUCAUGAAUAUUCAGCUAUAAGUGUUUCUAGUAGUUAUAGUAAUUCUAGUACAAUGGGUAUUAAUUUCUGAAAUUUGACAUUAGAUUGAUAUAUUUUUGAG